CUUAUUUAUCUACCGCAAAGUGCUGCAGACUGCAGUACCACGGUCACAACCGGAAUCGUCGUAUCUCGUUGAUACUUAGAAAUGUAAAGUAUUACGAGAUAUAUUUAAUACGAUUUUUUUCAAGAGGUACCAUACUGUCUCUCUCAAUUGCUAGCCUAAAAUUGGAUCUAAUCUUGGUUUCUUAGAAUAUACUAUGGAUGACGAGCUUGAAGAUAGGAUCUUAUAUCAAACUUACGUGUCUCAUAUGAAACUGAUGUCAAAAUUCACAGUGGGUAUUCCCGCUGUCUUAAAUGCUGCUGUCAAUACUCCAUUAGGUUAUUUUUGGAGAAUCAUGAGGAUCUAUGCUUUUAAACCAGAGGUAUUAAUCUGCUGCACACUUUUAGCAGUGAUGCUUCUUUAUAUACAAGCUGUCGAUCCUUGGAGUAGAAUGCUGUUUGAAAAAAUUCAAUACACCCUAGGACGUACAACGUCUAAGGUUUCAAAAUUGCAAUUUCUUGUUAAUGAUUCUGUAAAUAAUGGAGUAAAACUUAGCUGGGAAUUAAAACAAGGGAACAUAGCAGCUUAUGCAGUUCAAGGUCAUAGAGCUCGUAUGGAAGAUCGUUUUGUAGUAAAUGAAGAUUUAAAUAAUACUGGUGUAUCCUUGUUUGCAGUUUUUGAUGGUCAUGGAGGAGAGUUUGCUGCAAAUUAUGCUCGUGAUAAACUUAUUCCAAAUAUAAAUAAAAAAGUAAUAGAACUAAAGGAUAUGAUAGCUGGUAGAUUUUCUGAUAUACAGAAAAAUAAUCAAAUAAAUAAUCGGCCAAUAAUUCAAUCUGAAAAUAAAAAAGAUGUAAAAACAGAUUCAACCACGAUCGAACGUAAGAAAUCUUUUCGUAAAACUGUUAGUACUUCGGUAACGGAUGAUUGUAUGAAAAAUAGUGUUGGCGUUACUGAUCCAGAAUUAUUGGAUAAAUUAGAUAGUCUGUCACGGCCAAUCACGAGGGAGGUAAGACCUUGUAGAUCAGGUGAGACUCAACCUGAAAUUGAUAUGACAACCUAUUUAGAUGGAGAUAAAAUAAAUUAUGGUAGACUAUUAACUGAUGAAGUUCUAGCAGUAGAUCGAUUAUUAGUUAAAGCAGCUAAAAAAAAUAUGGAUGUAGCGGGUACUACUGCUCUGAUCGCACUUCUAGAGGAUAAUAAAUUAGUAGUAGCGAAUGUCGGUGAUUCUAGAGGUGUAAUGUGCGAUGGAAAAGGUAAUGCGAUACCUUUAUCGUUCGAUCAUAAACCACAACAGGAAAGAGAAAAAAAGAGAAUAUAUAAAGCUGGUGGAUUAGUGACAUUCAAUGGAGUUUGGAGAGUUGCUGGUAUAUUAGCAACAUCUCGAGCUUUGGGAGAUUAUCCAUUGAAAGAUAAAAAAUUAGUAAUAGCAGAUCCAGACAUUUUAACAUUCGAUCUAAGUGAUCACAAUCCAAUGUUCCUUGUUUUGGCAUCUGAUGGACUAUGGGAUACUUUUACAAAUGAAGAAGCUGUAGCAUUUAUCAAAGAACGUAUAAACGAGCCACAUUUUGGUGCAAAAAGCAUUACAUUACAAAGCUAUUACAGGGGAUCUUCAGAUAAUAUCACAGUAGUUGUAAUCGACUUACGAGAUAAGAAAUAUAAUGGAACAGAAUCAAAAAGGAAUCAGUAAUUAUUAUCUUAACUGUUUCCAAAGUAUUAUAUGGUAAAACUUCCUAAUGUUGUUUUUCCAAAACUCUUCUAGUCAUUAAAUUCAAUUAAAAAUUUGAAUUUAUGAAAGCGAAGAGAGAGAAUGGGUGUAUUACUACUACAAUAUUGUGAUUUCACCAAAUAUGAUAUUUGAGACGUUAUUAAUAUGUACGAUAAGAGAAUAUUCAUUUUUGUAAUUAAUUUUCAUUUGUUAUUAUUAUGAUAUAUAUUGUAAACUAUAUUUUUUCUUGCACGUGCCUUAUUUCUUGGCUGUGUAACUUCAAACAUGCUUUGAGCAUUCUUCCAUCUCUUUAGCUUGUAUAACUUAUAAUGACUGAUUUUUGGUUACUUUAAAAAAAAAAGAAAAGAAAAAACAACAUAUGGAAAUUAUUUUUUUUUUUGAAUCCAUUUUAUGUGAUAAAUGUGAAAGCUGCACUUUGUUAAUUAUAAAAGUAUUUAUCCCGUCAAUCUGACGUUAAAUGCUUUAAGAUUUUGAUAUAACACAUUUAAGAUGUUAAAUUUUUUCAUACAUACAUACAUAUAUACAUAUAUAUGUAUAUGUAUGUAUAUAUGUAUACACACAUAUGUACCAAAAACAUUAAAUACGUAUAAUAAAAAAGUUAUUUAAGAUAUUAAUCAUUUUUAAAUAAAAUAAAAUUUUUAACAACACGUGACAAAAUAUAUUUCUUCCAAAUAUUUUUAAUGAAAGCCACAUACAUUGUAUUUAUUUUAAAUGCAAAAAUUUUUAAUACGAAUAUGCGCGCUAUGUAUCAAAGUAACUUUAACAUCUAUCUGUCAUUUUAAGUUGAACUAUCACUUUUGUCUAUCAGAAUUGUUAUAUAAUAUAUGUCGAAUUAAUAAAUUUAUGAGAAUAUAUGAUAAAAUUUUAAUGAGAAGAAUAGUUAUUUUUUUAUCAAAUAUAUCGGAUGAACUUUCUAAAUGUAUAAGCAGCGCGAUUCAUACAUGUAAGUAUGUAUAUAUGAUUUGAUAUAAGCAAUUAUUUAAACUUACGUGUUAAAGAAAUGUAAUACCAACAAUAGAAUAAUAAUGUAAUAUCUUAAUACUUAUUUUGUUAACAUAUUAAUAAAAAUGACGAUAUAUAAAAUUUACUUUAUAAUAUACGUACAUAUAUGAAAACAUUGUACAUAAUUAAUUAUGCGAGAUAAUAUUUGAAAAUUCUAUACAAAUUUAGUUGAACAUUGUGAAUCCUUCUCUGUGUUGAAGAUAUUUAUGAAGCAUUAUAUUUUUUAAAAUGUAUUCACAAAAUGUAUAAGCAAAAAAUUCUAAUUUCAUUUAUCUCGCUUGCUUUUCCUGUAAUAUUUAUAAUUUUAUUGAAAAACAAUAUAUGUCACGCCAGCGUGUGUGUGUGUGAUGGUCGUGCCUAAAAAUGUAUCCAAUAAAAAUGAGCAGAAUAAAAUAUCAUUAUGUAUUCAAUAUA